AUGGCGGGCCGGCCAAAUCCCCAGGUUCCCGGCGCCCAGAACCGACCACCGGGGCCCCCGUUGUAUCGACCCGAGAUGAUGCGGAAUAUCACUCUGUUAGGCGAGGAGGAGAAGGUGAGAUACGAGAAGGGCCUCACCAACCUUUGGAAAGUGCACGACACGGCGCCCCAGGGCUCUCCUCAACAGGAGGAGGCGAAGAAAAAGAUUGCUGAUUUUGGGAGGAUGCUUCUGGCCAAGAUUCAGCAACGCCGUGCCCAGGUGCAGAAAAAUCAACAGACCCAACAAACUCCUCAGCAGCAGCAACACCAACAACAGCUCCAGCUCCAGCAACAACAAUUGCAACUCCAGCAGCAGCAGCAGCAGCAACAACAACGACAGCCAGGUCCCCAGCAGCUCGGUCAAGGCCAAGGCGCACAGCAGGCACAGCCCGUUCCAACCGCUCAGGGAAGUGGCACUCCGGGAAACACGGGGACCUCCAACCCCCAACAGGCUGCUGCCGGUGCCCAAGGGGGCCAAGCGAGAGCCCUGCCUGCUCAUAUCAUCAGCCAUCUCAAUGAAAUCCAGUUCCAAGCACCACAAGAUGUCGCGGACCCGCAGAAGUGGGUGGAGGAGAUCAGGACAAGAUAUGCCGGGGCCAUAUACCGAAUGGAAAAUGCUCGCAAUGCCAUGAAGACCAUCGACCAGACUCUCCAGCAAAACAAAAUGCUGUCCGCAGAAGACCGACAGAAGUACGAAGAACGCAAGGCUACCAUCAACAAACAAUAUGCGGAAGCCAUUUCCUUUGCCAACCAGAUGCGCAAGCAACACUCCGUUGGAGGCAACCAGCGGCCUGGCCAAAACGGCGCCGCGGGUCCCAACGCUGGCACGAACCAGGCUCGACCGCAGACCGCGGGAGGGCAAGGUGCGGCCCAGGCUGGCCCCGGGGCGAACAAUGGAGUGGCGGUUGCAACCGCUGCGAACCCUAUGCAAAACUCCACUGCUGCUGUGAAUGCCGCUUUUGAAGCCGCCAAAAAGCAGCAACUGGUGGCCGGUCGCGCGUCAGCCGCGAUGAACACUGUGCCUGCACAGCAACAGCAACCGCAACAGCAACAGCAACAGCAACAACAAGGCGGUACGGCCCCCCAGCACCCGCCACAAACUCCGGCGACACCAGCACAGGCACAACUAUCCCCGGUCACCCAACCCCCCUCGGCACAACCUACCGUCUCUCAAGCACAACCACAACCGACUCAGCAGCCGCAGCAGAUCCAGAACGCCCCAGUCAAAAUGGAAGCCAACGCGCAGUCCGGACCCGCCCCUCUCAACACAGCUCUCGCGGCUGCGGCAGCAGGAAGUGGAAUGCAUUCAGCGGGGACUCCCACGCAGAACUCGGCGCGCCUACAAACCCCGCAGUCGGCGACGCCCACCGCUGCGAACACCAACGUUCGCCCUUUGACCCACGCGGCUGCCGUCAACCUCGCGUCGCAGCGGCCCGGCUCGAUUUCUGCAGCCCCUUCGUCCGGACCUGGCAGCAACCCACCGGCUGGUCUCGGCCCAAUUGGCGCGGCACAACAACAACAGCAGCAACAGCAACAGCAACAGCAGCACCAAGGUCAUCCCCACGCGCACCCUCCACAGCCGCAGCAGCCAGCACAGAAUCUACAAGCCAAACUCCCCAUUCCCAAGGUCCUUCCCGACAAGGCCACCCAAAUGCCGACUCCGGCACCCAGCAUCGGUGGGAUUGGCAGCGCGGGCCGCCCCACCUACAGUGCCGGCGGCGGCAUCGGCGGAGGCGUCAUGAACCAGCCUGCCCUCCCGAAGGCCCCGGCUUACCAGCUCGAGGGCGAAGGCGAGCGCAUUCUCAACAAGAAGAAGCUCGACGAGCUCGUGCGCCAGGUUUGUGGCGGUACCGCCGAGGGCCAAGACGGCAACCUGCUAACUCCCGAUAUGGAAGAGUCUGUCCUCAACUUGGCCGACUCGUUCGUUGACAACGCCGUUGCCCAAGCCUGCCGGAACGCCAAGGAGCGCGGCUCCAAGGUCCUCGAAAUUCGCGACAUUCAGUUGGUACUGGAGCGCACCUACAACAUUCGCAUCCCCGGUUACUCUAGUGAGGAGCUGCGUACUGUCCGCAAGGUCCAGCCCAACAGCUCGUGGAUCAAGAAGAUGAGCGCUGUGCAGGCAGCCAAGCUAGUUUCCGACAUGCCUGGCAAAACACCUGAUAAGGAGCCUGUCGAGAACGGCGGCUACCGCGGGGGCAAAGACAUCAAGCCAAAUGGAAAAAAGGUGGCUAAGAAGGAAGGAGACGACGAGAUGACCGUGGUGGUGCCGCCGUCGAAGGCAGCCACACAGGCGUCGGACCAACCUCCGAACGACGCGGAGGGCGAUGUCACCAUGGAUGACGCGGAGAAGGCCGACGAGAGCGGCGAGGCUAAGGUUGACCCUGUUGUGCAGACCAUCAGUGACAUCAAGAGCAACUUCGCACUUCUAGAUCGUGCUGUGGCCCUUUUCGACGCCAGGUUCUCGCUCCGUGCCCUGCGGUCCAUCUCCUCCAUCCGGAAACGCUUGACCCCCGACAUUCUCGCCCAGGCCAUUUCAGAAACCUACCCCGCUACCUCAGCGAAUAUCGAUGGCGCGAAGCAAAUGCUGCGGGCCAUCGGGCGACUGGAUGUGGGGCUGGGUCGGUCAUCUGGCUCGGAGAUGGACGUAGACAGCGAGCCGAAGACUGCUCCUAUCAAGAACGGCGCGAAGAAAGAAACCAAGGACGUGAUUCCCGAGGUCGAUGUUUUCCUUGGCAUCCUGACCCAGGUGGUACUGCGUGAUACCAAGCAGCUGCAGCAGGGCUUUGAGUUCUCCCAAUCCCUGGUUGACCGGAUCCGGGGUGCCAACCGCCGCACGCUUGAUACCCUCGCUGCGAAAGUGUACUUCUACUACUCCUUGUUUGCCGAGCAGAGCGCGCCCCUCCCGCCGUCCCCGCAGUCGCCGAUCGUGUCAAUCCGCCCGACCCUGCUCGCCGCGCUCAGGACAGCCGUUCUGCGCAAGGACGUCGACACACAAGCCACGGUCAUUGUGCUGCUGUUACGGAACUACCUCCUCACGUCGCAUAUCUCCCAAGCCGAUCUUCUCGUCUCGCAUACUCAGUUCCCCGAGAAUGCCGCCAACAACCAGGUCGCCCGCUUCCUUUACUACCUGGGCCGCACCCGGGCCAUUCAACUCCGGUACACCGAGGCCCACGAACAUCUGACCGCCGCGACACGGAAGGCCCCCUCAAGUGCAUCCGCUCUCGGUUUCAGCCAGACCGCAACCAAGCUGCUACUCGUAGUAGAGCUCCUCCUAGGUGACAUCCCCGACCGGGCGACGUUCCGCCAAUCGAGCAUGGAGUCGGCAUUGCGCCCUUACUUCCUGCUCGUUCAGGCAGUGCGAGUGGGAAACCUCGGGGACUUCGAAACGAUCAUUGCCGAACACGCUGAGACGUUCCGUCGCGACGGCACUUACACACUGAUCCUGCGGUUGCGCCAAAACGUCAUCAAGACGGGUAUCCGGAUGAUGAGCCUAAGCUACAGCCGCAUCUCUCUCCGCGACAUCUGCAUCCGCCUGCACCUCGGCUCAGAAGAGAGCGCCGAGUACAUUGUCGCUAAGGCGAUUCGCGACGGCGUAAUCGAAGCGACGCUCGACCGCGAGCGUGGCUUCAUGAAGAGCAAGGAGAUUGGUGAUGUGUAUGCUACCCGGGAGCCGGGCGAGGCCUUCCAUGACCGUAUCCGCGCAUGUCUAGCGUUGCAUGACGAGAGUGUCAAGGCCAUGCGAUUUCCCAUGAACCAGCAUCGCCUCGAACUCAAGAAUGCUCAGGAGGCCCGCGAGCGCGAACGGGAGAUGGCUAAGGAGAUCCAGGAAGGCGAUUUGGACGAGGAUGACCUCGGUGGCGACUUUGAGGGCAUGUAA